GCCACCCACCUAAUUCAAUUCACACUACGACUCUGCUGGUCUCGCGUCAGAUCGUUUAUCUCCAUCCGGUAAUAAACAGGCAUCCUGCUUUUGUGAUUAGUAAUUUCCGUGCUGCAGAUGGGGAUUUUCGGGGAAAAGAAGGAUCCCAGGGAGAAAUUGAGAGAAAUGGUUUCCGUUGUGAGGAAACAGAAGUUUAAAAUUCAGCGAGAUGUCAACGCUUUGCAGGUUCAGAACAAAAAAGUGGCUCUGGAUAUAAAGAAACGUGCCAAGGAUGGAAAGCUUGAUGAGGCUAAGAUUUUGGCGAAAGAAUUAGUGAAUUCCAGAAAAGCUGUAUCCAGGCUUCUACAGGCAAGCGCCCAUAUGGAUUGUGUCAUAUCAGAAUUGAACUCCCAAGCAUCUACACUUAGGCUUGCUGGGUGCCUGAAAAGCAGUACCGGUGUGAUGAAGUCCAUGUCCGCCCUAAUCAAACUACCGGACUUACAGAAGACAAUGCAAGACCUGGGAAAAGAAAUGAUGAAAAUGGGCCUAAUCGACGAAAUGGUGCAGGACACGAUGGAGUCCGCCAUGGGCGAUCCAGAUGACAUGGAGGAUGCUAUUUCAGCAGAGGUGGACAAGGUUUUAUCUGAAAUUACUGCCGGAGAAAUCUCGAAAGCACCUGACGCCAUUAUGGACUCUAUUCCUGCCGGCACUCCCAUAGCGGGUGGUAGUCGAAAUCCGGCCGCAUUGCAGAACAGCGUAGAGGAGGACGAUCGCGAAGACUUGGCCGAAAUGCAAGCUCGUUUGGCAGCUCUGCGGAGCUAACUUUGUGAUGCCCCUCACGGACGCACAAACUGUUGGGUUACUGUGCCGGGCCAAUGUUUUUAUACUUGCUAUUUUCUCUUGUGUAUAGCUCCUUAUUGUUUUCACGGCGCCUGGCUCCCCAGACAUAGCCCGGUUCCUCGGUGCGACCUUUUCCCUAGGUGGCCGCCAUGCUCUGUAUUUAAUUUCGUUUAAUCUAAUAACCUCUUUUCAGCCCAAUAACCACUAAUCCGGGACACACGCGGGAUCUCUGCGUCAUUGUUUCAUCUUCGGGUCCCAUUGGUAAUAUUGCCGGUGAACCUUCUUCUCAUUGUCUUUUGCGCAAUCACACUGCGUUCGUAUCACAAAUUCUCCCAGGUGAAAUAUUUCACAUUCAUUUUGAACCAUUUUCAGAGGAGUUGACUGCUGGGUUUUGGAGCGCUGCUGUGUGCCCUGGAUUGCGACACGUAAUUUCAGUUGAGGCCUCAGUUAAUUUUU